CCUUGACCUCCACCCCGUCCAUCUCAAGCCUGCAAAAAAGUACCUACCUUGAACAUUCACCAACAUCAUGGCAUCUACACAACGUGCCCCUGGCGUCCCUGGCAAGCCCUAUGUCAUAUCCUCUCAAGAAGGAGAGUCCAUUUACAUCCCUCUAUCCAAGUCGGCCACACGUCUGCUAGUGACGGGCAAAGAGACCGACAAUGCAUUUGCAGUGAUUGGGAGCAGCGGCAGUCAAGGCGAUCCCGUGGGAUUCCACUAUCACAAGCACACUCACGAUAUAUUCAUCUGCCUCAAAGGCAAUGUGAACGUCUGGGCGAACGAUGAAGCACGAACAAUGAGUCCUGGAGACUUUGCCAGUGUGCCUCCAAAUGUAGUGCAUCAAUACCAACUCACUGGCAAUCACUCGGAAAUGCUCGGGCUGAUCGUCCCCGGAGGCUGGGAAGAAUUCUUCCGCUUUAUUGGAGAGUCCUACGGGGGACCCCUUUGGCCACUUGACGAUGAACGCAACCCUCUCGAAGUCCUCGUCCCAAAGCUCAAAGCUGCCUCCGAGCAAUUCGAUAUGACUCCAGUUCACGACAAGAAAGAGUUUGAUCCUCAGCCUUGGAAAGGAACCGAACACGCAUUACCAGGAAAGCUCGAGCCUUACUUCCUGAAGCAUGGCACGGGUCCGGCAUAUGCGGCUGGAGGAGCGCUGGUCCGGCCACUCAUUACCACUGCAGAGUCCGAUGGCAAAUUCGUGAUUGCCACAAUCGAGGGGGUAUCACACCACAGCAAGCAAGAUGUCUUUGCAAGUGGGCGGAAGCUGAAGUUUGCCGAGACACAUCAUGCUUUCCAGAUUACAGAGGGACAUGUUGAGUUCCAGGUUGGAUCGUCACCGCCGUCGCAUCUUCACGCUGGGGAGCUGGUGUAUGUUCCAAAAGCGACUCCAUUCAGCUACCAUAUCCGCUCGAGGUAUGCUAAGCUGUAUGCUUUCGCAAGCGGCAAAGGUCUGGCCGAGCUGUUGAUUAAGGCUGGUGAGAAACAUGGCCUGCCUACCCCACCUGAGAAGGCCAGUGAGGUGAAGACGGAGCAUCUGCAUAGCUUAGCGAGCGAAUUUGGUCAUGAGGUCGUGUGAAGGAAAGAGACACGAUGAGCAGGAAUCGAAGUCGACUGUGUGAACACACUUCCCGUUGUCUGAUCCCUAUCAAUCAGAUACGCGUCCUAGUACCGUAGAAAUCCAAUUGCUGCCAUUCCUGCUGUUGCUUGCAGCUCACCGCGUCAAGGCCUGCCAGACUUUGCAGGGUCAAGGACUUAGGUACCUGUAGGCGGUAGUGCCUCCUAGGAGGUAGGUAGUGGUGAAAGGAAGAG